UCCCAAGCAAUAUGGCGUCGAUGUUUACAUCGACUAGCAAGUUUUACCAUAUAUACGGAUUAUUCUUUCUUUAAAAGGCUUCUAUUACUUCCAUGGUCAACGAUCGUUGGUGUUGAUUCAUAAGCCCAACUGGGCCAUCCCAGUUUAGGCACAUCGUGUUUUGAAUAUAUCCAAUUUAGAAAGUCAAUAAUUUACAAAAAUGGCAGACACGGCGCCACCAGUAAGGGUUGUGCCAAGUGGCAAGGUCUACCGACAAAUGUUUGACGCCCAGGUCCAGCUUACAAGGACCUUGUCAAAGAUGAAACGAGAGGACACACAAAAGACACUUGACAGACAGAGUACGAAUGUAGGAAUACCACUGGUGAGACUUAAGAGAGAUGAAGUUACUCAUGGACUUUUGACAGAACGACAGCGUACAUGGGCAGAUGGAUUUCCAAAUGAUCCUUAUGUUGAAAAUCCUGUUUUACACAAACAGUACUCAGAGUUUGUGAAUGCAACAAUUAGGGAAAUGGAUGGAACUAUUGCUGAGAAAGAAGUUAGUGGUUUGCCUGAGGAUGUUGUGCCAACUAAAAAGGGAUCUGAUAUUAUUGAUAGGAUUGCAUCAAGUAGAAGACAAAGACACGAAGAAGCUGUAGAGGACAUGCACCAGGAACUUAGUGUCAUCAAUGAUAACCUUGAGCCUAGAAUUACAGAAUGCAGUGAGUUAAUGCUAGAGAGACUGCAUGAAAAUGACAAAGAUAUAGAGAGAAUCCUCGCUAAGAUCAGCACGGAUGAGGACAUACUAUCCUAUAGUCUAGAUGGCCUUCAUGCCCUGUGGGAGGAAGUUCAAGGUCAUUCAAAGGUUAGACAGGAAUGGAUAGAGGAACUUGACCAACAGCUGACCAAGGCAGAAGAUGACCGAAUGGAUCUGAUUAAAGGGGUGUUCGUGAACUACGCCAAAUCCCUGGAGAAGAUUGCUCAUAUGAUGCCACCAGACCUCUACAGGUUUCUUGAUCAGGAGUCACAGGUGAUAAAUCAAACAAUGUUGAGUAACAGACGAGCCUAUUCAGACCUGUAUGUGAGACUGAUGUCAACUGAUAUUGAGAGGGAACAAUCACAGCACACAAUCUGGAAACGUCGCCUGGAAGACUGGAAAAAACUUAAAACAGACCUAGGCAUUCAGAACUUCAGAGAUUACAUGCAGUGUGAGGAGGUGGUGUCGCCCCCUGGUGUCCAUAAGGUGCUCAUGUUUAUGAAGGCAGAGCAGGAAAUCCUCAACAGGAGGAGGUCUGAUUUGAUCGAACAACUCAGUGAGCUGCAGCCUCCUGCCUCCACCAAAACAGCAGUGUACCAGUGGAACAAGAAUAUUGUGGCCGUCACUACAGAGAUAGAUUCAGUCAACCAGGUCCAUAUGGCCAAGCUCCAUGAUGAAUAUGAAAAAGUUUGCCAGAAGUGUUUGGAGAUGAUAGAAUUAAUAAAGACAAGGCUAUUGGAGGAUGGAAUUGCGACAUCAGCACGGGUUCAGCAGGUGAUAGAUGAUGACUUACUUCCCCUUGUGGGAGAGAGACAGCGAGUGUUUGAACAAAAUCUGGACACAAUGGAUAAAGCACUCGAGCGUCACAACAACGUGUGCAAUGAGAAGCUUAGGUCCCUGUUUAAAUAUGCCCAAGGGUCAGCUCAUGUCUGGGAUGUCCAUGAAAUAGGGCUUGCUAAGCAGGAGAGGGCACUGCAGGAGAAGCUGGAAGUCUGUCGCCAUCAACAUGACAACCAGAAUCAGGAAAAAGAGGCUAAUCUUGACAUUAUCAUGGACAGAAUGAGGCAGGACGCUUCAGAGGCUUUACUCAAAGACAGUCUCCACAAAGCACUGGACAAGCUUGACAAAAUCAAGGCUGCAUAUGAGGUUUUCCACAAGGAUCAAGCAUCUAUAGUCCAGCAGUAUCCCAACAUGGUGAAGGGGGAGCUAAAAAAUUACGAUAUUGCUGUCUGUCGCUUCUUCAUGGUAGACCGCCACCCUGAUGCCUUGAUGAAAAGACAUUACUUAGAGGAGGAACGCUCAAAAAAAGGAAAGAAAACUCCACGAAAAUUUAGAGGAAAGGACAAAUCACUGUUGGAGCGGGAGAGCACCCUUCCAGCUGCCAUCACUGAGACAUUGUCAACAGACAAGGGGACGCUGUUCUAUGUUCUGACCGUGGCAGGGGAACAUGGUGUACCCCCAGGGUCAGACGAGUCUGCUGAUGAAGUGGUUUCCUCACCCCAGGAACCUCUUUUCCUCACAGAAACCCCUCAGACUGCAGGGUCCCAGCCGGACUACAUCAGGGCAAUAGACAUUCCUGAGAAGCUUCUUCUGGAUAUCAAACGCAGGAUUAGAAUCAAUUUCCUUAACCAGUUAGAGGAGUGGACAGAACAGGCAAUACAGCGGUCAGAAAGUGUGGUUGUUGCCAAGUGUGAGGAGCUAAACAGUGAGCUGGACUUGAGGCUCCACCUCCACAAACCACGUGCAAGGAGGGCAGAACUGGACGUACAUAAUGUCCGAGCAGCCGAGUUGGUGAUGCAUUCUGAGCGUGUGCAGAGACACACCAAAGGGAUACAGCAGGCACUUAACGACCAGAGGCAGAAAUUCACCAAGAUGACAGGAGAACAUAACAAACUAGCUGGAAAGUUUCGGGAGGACAUUGAGUCACUAGAGACUGUUUUUGUCAACGCUACUAAAUCAUCAAGACUGAUUUCUCUUCAGAAUCAGCUCAGUGUAGAGUUAGAGAAAUUUAUGGGCAUCAUCCGUACCUCUCUCAGAGAGUUUCGAACCAAACUCGACGAGACCCUACAGAUGUUAAGGGAGUCCAAUGCUCGCUUCAUAAAGUCAUUCAAGGUUUUCUCAGAUGGAGGUAAUUUUUGUCCUGAGGAAAUUAAUGAUUAUCGUAAAAAGCUGGAGAAGAUGUCAGACAAGAUAGACUCUGCUGAAGGAUCCAUCAUGUCUGAUCUUGAGGGUAUGGAAUCUAAACGUCUGGAACAAGCUACCAAGGUUGCCCUGGAGUUUGAAGACAGAUUUAAAAGUCACAUGAUCGACCUCAUAUUCAUGGAGAAGAUAGCCCGCUGGCUGACCAACACCCAGGUGAAGAUAAAAGCGGAAGUUGCCAGUAGCAACUCUCAGGCUCAGAAGCUCGCACAACACCUAAACAAUGUGGAACGGAGGAUUGAUGCAUGUGCACGCCCUAAUUUGGACAAGGAGCUCGCCAUGAAAGAAGUGCAAAUCACAUCAAGUCAGCUGAACGAGUCCCUUAAGCUGGUGUUUGAAGCUUUUUUGGCAAGGAGCGCUUAUCUCAAUGCCAUCAAAGAUCCGAGUCCUCGUCCUGCGUCUGCUCUCCAGGGAAACCCUGCCUUAGGUGCUAGGGUAGCCUUCCUGUCUGAGGUCCAGCCAACUCCUAUCAGUAAGGCAGGUAAACAGCCUCUGGAGGAUCCAUCUGUCGGGGUCAUCAAAAACAUCCUCAAACAACAGAAAAGCAAGCUGAGGUUUGGCAUUGAUGCUGAAUUAGACGGAGAAUCAGUUCAAAUGGGUCAGCCGCAGGUUGAGAUGAGAGAGAAAAUGAAAUCCUCCCUCUCUACCAACACACCCUCUGAGAAGUCUAAGCAGACCAAUCGCAAGAGCCAGCAGGGGAUCUCUGAAAACCCACCUAAACGGGUACAGUCAGGGAUGGACGGCGGAAGCUUUUCUACACCAACCCACCAACGUUUGAGAAGGAGUAGCAAGUCAACCAAGUUUGACAAGAAGUAUCUAAUCUUUGGAGAGAAAGACGAGGAAGGUGAAGAGCACCACCUGCUGGGCAUUAUUAAACUGACACUUCGAGAGGCUUUGGAUGGACUCCUUACAUCAGGGGAGAUGUUCUACCGCCAGAAGGGGAAUCGCAUGGUGACACGGCCACAAGCUCUUCAGGAAAACUUUGACCAGUUUGCCGAAGUUAUCACACAAAAACUAUCCUCCUACUUUACUCAGGCAGAUGAGUACCACAACCAAUGUUUACAAGAGUAUCGCGGGCAGUUGACGUCAUUAGAACACUCUGUAGCCCACAUUCCUAGCCUAGUGAUUAAAGACCUCCUGAACGAGGAAAUCCAGAAGUGCACCAUGGCCAGACAGACCUGUACUGACCAGUUCACUCAGACCCUCAGCCAACUGGAGAAAAGACAGAAGGAGCAUGAACACCUGCUUCGUCCAGUACUAGGCCAUCCACACCAGGAAGAUGGCAUGAAAAACCUGUGUAAAAAGGAGACAGAACGCCACAGUGACUAUGUCUCUGCUGUAGAGAAACACACAAAAGAGUUACAGGAAUUGACAGUAGAGCAUGCCAAGACAUUCCUCGAGAUCCUGGCACGGUCGUCUGAAAACCAACUGCUGCAGUAUGAUAAUUUAUUGGUGGUGGAUGACAUUGAACGAGGACGUGUCGAUGCCAAGAAAUACCCCACAAGUGAGCUGAUCCGAAGGAGAAAUGCUGGUCUUCCAUUGGAGGAUAGUGAUGACAAAGAUGCCCUACCACGUGGCAAGACUGUCUGGACGGGUAUUCCUAAUAACGAGUUGGUGGUAGGGACCCCACCUACUAAGGUUCAAACCACAGCAUCUGUGACUACCGCCAAAACAACAUUAGGUCACAGUUCUGUGGUCAAGGCUCGGGAUUCUGCAUACCAUGAUUACAAGGUCCAGUUCGCAGAUACUUUACAAUCCAUUGAGGAUGAGAGACAGCGACUUAUCCAUGCUGAAGAUCGCUGGAUGGAAAGUUGGAACAAAAAUAUUGAAAAAGUCUGUGAACUUUUUUAAUUCUUCACCACAGAUGAUGUCAUCUCUAUUGUGCUGUUAUACUUGACCGAUAUCCUAUAAUUGUGCUUUUCUUUACAACUCUCAUUGAACUUAGUCUAAUUAGCAACCAAGAUCUGAUAAUUGGUUUUAUAAGAAUGCAUGAAUGUGUAUGGUAGAACCAUGUGGUACAUCCAGAGGUUAAAUGUUGAUAAAAAGGAAACAAAAUUGAAAAGUUUCAAGGCAAACAGAUAUCUUUACACUGAAUAUUUAAAAGCUGAAAGUGCUGAGCCAGGGUAGAUUUAUAGUAUAAACAGGAAGUUUGAUUCUGUAACAUGCAGUCUGAUCAUUACCAGUAUAUAUACAUGAACCAUACCUGGUAUGAACAGUGGUCAAAACUGCAAACUAUCCGUCCAAUAUUUUUCCAACUUGUUUGGGUUUAAUAAUUACAAAGUUGAUUGUGUGUCUGCCAGUGUAAAUAUUCACAAAUGUUAUAAUUAUGUAAUUAUUGCAAGGCACUAAGUAGACAGAUUUAAAAGAUUUGCAGGAAGUACUACCUGUACAACAUUUUAAAAAUGUCUUUGUUAUACCUGGCUUUUAAUUCCUUGUUUUGUAAAACAAAAUGUAUGUAGACUUCUUUGAAGAUUAUAUGAAAAUGCAAUAACACUGUUUUGAGAAACAUUCCAAUAUUUGUAUACAGUAUAUAAACACUAAAAAUGUGUAUCAUUAUACUGUGUCAGUAUUUCCUUAAAAAAUGAUCUGCACAUAGAUUUAUUCUUUAAAAAAACCACAUGUUAUUUAUUAUAUUAACUGGUAAUCUAAGCAGUUAAAUAUUCUAUAUUAUCUGUAUGAAUUACACAAAAGAGGAAUGGAAAGACAUUUACACAGCCUACUUGGGAUAUUAUAGUUUUGAUAGUUAUUUUGUUAAAUAUUUGAUUUUUUUUUCAAGUGAAGUUGUGCAAGUCACCACACAGUGAGAUAGUAAAAUAUGAUCUAGCUAUUAAAAUAAUAUUAAGAAAACGUCUGUUUGCAUUUCGACACUGAACUGUGAUACUGUUGAUAAUAUUUCAAUGUGCCUGUACAUCUAUAUUUGUCAUUUAUUUAAGAAAUGAAAAUAAAGGUUUAAGAAAUUAAUA